UUUAAAAUGCAUGGGUUGGGAAAUGUGGUAGAUGUAGGGGAGGCCCAGAAUGCACAGUUGAAGAAGAAGAUACAUCUCCACGAUUUGGAACUAGAUUUUCUCGAUGAAGGUCAAUUCGAAGAGAAAGGGGAAGAGAGUAGAAGAAGAAUGAAGAGUGAUUUAGCAGUUUUGAAUGCCUUAGAACCACCUUCACACUUGAAAAAAUUAUCAAUUAAGUGGGUCAUGAGCACCGCAGUGUAUACUAAUUGGAUGACGUCCUUGACCAAUUUGAAAAGUCUUGAUAUCAAUUGGUGCAUUCAGCUAGAGUGUUUGCCACCUUUGGGGAAGUUGCCGUUACUCAAAGAAUUAAAUAUACGGCGUGUAGAAAAUGUGAAAAAGUGGGGAGAUGAAUUUUUAGGAAUAGAAUCCGAAAACAAAAGCAAGAAAGACGACUACCACAUCAUAAAUAUAUUCCCAAACCUGAGAGUUCUCGAAAUUAUUUAUUUGCCGAGCUGGGAAGAAUGGAUUGGCAUGGGUGGAAAGAGGUUAGAAGUGGAAGAAGAAAAAGAUAGUGGUUUCGUUUCAGAUCCAAUAAUAAAAACAAUGCCACGGCUUGAAAGCCUGACAAUUCAGGGCUGCCACAAAUUAAAAUGUCUGCCAGACUACUUGCGUACUACUCCAUUACAGAAAUUAUUCAUUCAUUACUGUCCAAUUCUCAAGCAACGUUGUGAAAGAGAGAUAGGAGAUUACGCCAUUAGUAUGAGGAUGAUGGGGCUGGUAUGAGGCGGAUGAACAAGUGGAAGUAGACAUUGAUGAGGGGGAUUCGUGAAGCGGACAGAUACAUAUUAUGAGAUUGGGUAGUAAGAG